UGUGACGCAAUUAGAGCGCGACAAAAUAAGGUUCUUCGCGUGGGCCGCCGUUGCGUGUCCCAUGCACACAACAAGCAUGACUGCCGUUGGUUUCUGUGGAGAGUGGUUGAUCGUCACAUGCGACAAGAAGCUCGUAGCCAUCAACACCAAACAGGCCAGAGAACGGUUUGUCUUUGACUGCAGCACAGCUGAGAAGAAGCCAGCGGAUGGGAAGGAUGAUAACAGCAGUGAUGCCGGUGCCUCGGAGGAAGUGGGAAGGGACAAAGUCCUUGCUUUUGCCGUGUCUUCAUCUGGAAAGCUGGUGGCGCUGACCGAUGACUCCAAGAGACUGGUCCUGUUCCGCUGUGAGCCAUCAUGGCAGUGUAUCAGUAUCAGGUGGGUGGUGAGGAGAUGUACCUCGCUGAUGUUCAAUAAGGCGGAGGACGCGCUGCUGGCGACUGACAAAUCAGGCGAUGUCUACUCCUUCUCAGUGGAGACGCCUCAGCGAGAGGGCGAGCUGAAGAUGGGCCACCUGUCUAUGCUGCUAGCUGUCAGCAUGUCGCCAGAUGAUAAGUACAUCAUCACAGCAGACCGCGAUGAGAAGAUUCGAGUGAGCCCUCUCACGUCUCCACACAACAUCCAGUCCUUCUGCCUGGGACAUCAACAGUUUGUCAGUGCUCUGCUGGUCCCUUCGGCUCAUCCACACUGGCUGCUCUCUGGAUCUGGGGACGGGACCAUGAAGCUGUGGGAGUACGAGUCUGGCCGUAAGCUACAGAGCUGGGACUUGAAGGAGCUUGACCCUGAGGCACAACACAAGUCUACUGUAUGCCGUAUCACCAGCUCUCCUGACAAUUGCCACGUAGCAGUGCAGUGUGAAAGAGUGUCCACCCUUCAGUUCUUUACCCUGGACCUGGAGGGCAAAGAGAAGCUGGUGCCACAGAGCCGGCUGUCCCUGCCCCACUGUCCCCUGGACAUUGCCUUUGACCCAGAGGGCCGUCUCUGGGUGCUGAUGGACUCCACUGAUGCACCGCUCCAAAUCUAUACACACAGGCGAGACUUCUGGGAGUGUGAUGCGGAGAGCCCCGAACUGAACGGUGUGACUGAAGCCUUCAAGCCACACUGGGAGACACUGGAGGCCUCCAGCAGGAGCGAAAGCCGCUUCGAGCAUCUGCACAAGGUGAGCUUCGACAACGUGACUGCAUACUUGCAGAAGAAGCAGCAGAGACUGGAGGAGCAGCAGUUGAAGAGGGGGACGGCUCAGAAAGCCAAUGGCAACAAGAAGGCCAAGAAGGACACAUCGGGAGCUGGAAUUUAGUCAUUGAACAUACUGGGAGCUAUCACUGCCUUUAUUUUUCAUGCUUUGAAUGAUGUAUCUCAGUGGAAUAUGUGUUGAUGAAGCACGUGGAGUGCGCGUCCUCUACCACAUGGUCUACGUAGAAGCAUUUUUAUGUUUGGCUUAGAUUUGGUUGAUUUUGAAUCAUAAACGUUGCAGUUAAUUCAACUGUG